GCGCCGCAGCCUGCGGAGCCCGAAGCCGGCUCGGACCCGUCCACGUCACUGUGCGCCCAGCCCCGCUCCCGCUCCCGCUGCCGGCCCGGUGCACGAGCCCCGGCCCCGCGCCGGGCUCAUGGGGCGGGCGGAGCGCGACCCGCAGCUCUGAGCGAACCGGACCAGCGCCCGAGCCCGUGAUGUCCGGGCCGGCGCCGGAGCGCGCGCUGCCCGCUCGCCGCAACUGGACCUGGGGCGCGGGCGCCAACGGCAGCCAGGAGCCGUCCCCGCGGCCCGCGGACUAUGACGACGACGAGUUCCUGCGCUACCUGUGGGGCGAGUACCUGCGCCCCAAGCAGUACGAGUGGGCGCUGAUCGCCGGCUACCUGCUGGUGUUCGUGGUGGCGCUGGUGGGCAACGUCCUGGUUUGUGUGGCCGUGUGGAAGAACCACCACAUGAGAACAGUCACCAACUACUUCAUAGUCAAUCUCUCUCUGGCUGACGUGCUUGUGACGAUCACCUGCCUUCCUGCCACACUGGUGGUUGACAUCACGGAGACCUGGUUCUUUGGACAGCCCCUCUGCAAGGUGAUUCCUUACCUACAGACCGUGUCGGUGUCCGUAUCCGUGCUCACGCUCAGCUGCAUCGCCCUGGACCGCUGGUACGCCAUCUGCCACCCUCUGAUGUUCAAGAGCACAGCCAGGCGGGCCCGGAACAGCAUCGUCGUCAUCUGGGUGGUCUCCGGAGUCAUCAUGAUCCCUCAGGCCAUCGUCAUGGAGUGCAGCACCAUGCUGCCCGGCCUGGCCAACAAAACCACGCUCUUCACGGUGUGCGACGAGCGCUGGGCAGGUGAAAUUUACCCCAAGAUGUAUCACAUCUGCUUCUUUCUGGUCACGUACAUGGCACCUCUGUGCCUCAUGGUGUUGGCUUAUCUGCAGAUAUUUCGCAAACUCUGGUGCAGACAGAUCCCCGGCGCCGCCCCGCGCUGGAGCGCGCUGCAGCCGCCCCGACCCCGCGGUCCCGGCGCCCCCGCCGCCGAGCUCAAGCAGGUGCGCGCGCGCAGGAAGACGGCGCGCAUGCUCAUGGUGGUGCUGCUGGUGUUCGCGCUCUGCUACCUGCCCAUCAGCGUGCUCAACGUGCUCAAGAGGGUGUUCGGGAUGUUUGCACACACAGAAGACAGAGAAACCGUGUAUGCUUGGUUUACAUUUUCACACUGGCUGGUGUACGCCAAUAGUGCUGCGAACCCAAUUAUUUAUAAUUUUCUCAGUGGAAAAUUUCGGGAGGAGUUUAAAGCAGCCUUUGCUUGCUGUUGCCUGGGCAUUCACCAUCGCCAGGAGGACCUUCUCAUGCGGGGCAGGACCAGCACGGAGAGCCGCAAGUCCCUGAACACGCAGAUCUGCGCCUUGGACAACGCGUGCAAGCUGUCGGAGCAGGUCGGCCUCUCCAGCAUGGGCGCGCAACCCGAGGCCAAUGGGGCAGGGCCACCUCCGUCCACCUCAGUCCACCUCUGGUAGACUCUCCGUCCCUGUGCCAACGGUACCCAGCCAAGUGUUCUUUUCUAAAAGCUCUGUGUACAGAACUUUAUUAUCCUAAUGAUGUGAAGCUGAAAUGCUUGUGUAUCCGUUUUUUAAUAAUGUAUUGCUCUUUGGAAAUAAAAACGUCAGUUUAAAAUGA